CACGUCCGCCGGGCGAGCGGCGGGGCCGGGCAGGGCGCUGCGGCGCCAUGAAGGACUGUGAGUACCGGCAGAUCCCACCCGGGCUAACGGGGCAGGCUACGGGGACAGGUAUCUCGUCACCUCCGUUAACUGCCGGCACGGAGCGAUCCGCUGAAACCCGGCGGCCCCGGCGGAAAUGGGAGGUGUUCCCCGGCCGCAACCGCUUCUACUGCGGCGGCCGCCUCAUGCUCGCCCGGCACAGCGGCGUCUUCGCCCUCACCCUCGUCCUCAUCCUCGCCACCAGCGGCCUCUUCUUCGCCUUCGACUGCCCCUUCCUUGCCAGUCACCUCACCUUGGCUAUCCCCAUCAUUGCAGCCAUCCUCUUCUUCUUUGUCAUCAGCUGCCUGCUCCAGACAAGCUUCAGAGACCCAGGUAUCCUGCCCAGAGCCACCCCCAGUGAGGCAGCAGACCUGGAAAAGCAAAUUGACAACAUGGGCAACUCGAGCUACCGCCCGCCAGCCCGCACCAUGGAGGUGGUCAUCAACAAGUACGUGGUGAAGCUCAAGUACUGCUACACCUGCAAGAUGUUCCGCCCGCCCCGCACCUCGCACUGCAGCGUCUGCGACAACUGCGUGGAGAGGUUUGAUCACCACUGCCCCUGGGUGGGCAACUGCGUGGGGAAGCGCAACUAUCGCUACUUCUACGCCUUCAUCCUCUCCCUCUCCUUCCUGACAGCCUUCAUCUUUGCUUGUGUUGUCACCCACCUCACUCUGCGCUCUCAGAGGGAUGGGUUUCUCAACACUCUGAAGAUGACACCUGCAAGUGUGCUGGAGCUGGUGAUUUGUUUUUUCUCAGUCUGGUCUAUUUUGGGCCUCUCAGGUUUUCACACUUAUUUAGUUGCCUCCAACCUGACGACGAACGAAGAUAUCAAAGGGUCCUGGUCAAAUAAGAGGGGCUCAGAGUUUGCCAAUCCCUACAGCCAUAAAAGUAUUCUCACAAACUGCUGUGCAGUGCUCUGUGGACCAUUCCAUCCCAGUUUGAUAGACAGAAGAGGAUUUAUCCAGCCAGAUGUUGGGACCCCCUCCAGUCCUAAGAGUGAAAUCCCUUCCUUUGGAGCCAAAACUGACACCAGCAUGAGCCCAACUGCAUGCAAGACCCUCAGGCUCGUGCAGAAAGCAGGGGGGGCCCUGCUGGACCCAGGAAGCAGAUAGAUUUGGGGAGCCCCCAGCACUGCUCCAGGGGGGGGUCACUUUGUUUCCUGCUGGGGGUAAUGAGCUGGGCCAGGGGUGGAAGGUGGAGACUUAGAAAUGGUUCCUGCUCUGAGCUGGGCUGUCACACCUUGUCUCCUGGUGGCACAAGUCCCCUGGUGUCCCUGUUGUCUCCAUGAACAUCUCGUGCUCCCCUGUGCUGAUGUGAAAGGGCUCUUCUGUCUCUCUCACCCUGGAGCAGCUUUUCUUCUCCAGAAGCUGCUGUGCCUUGGGAAGUUGGGGCUAUUUAACUGGGAGGACUCUGAUCCCAGCAGACAUGGGAACUGGGUAGAUGUCCCAGCUCCUCUUGACCCUAUUUUCAGGUUGCUCACUGAGCAUGGUGCUGGAGAACUUUGUGUUUUGGCCCUACCAAGUCAGGAAGACAACAUUCUGCAGCAAGGCCACGGGUCAGGGUGACACUUCUGGCAACAGGGAAGAAGGAACACGCAGCAUUCCUUGGCUCUCAUCACAAGGUGCUGGCAAGGCUCCAGCUGUAGGAUCUUUAGGAACCUGAGCUGGCCAGGAGAACCUGGGUUUGUCCUGUCAGCAGGAGACCAAAAGGCAGCAGAAAAAUAUGUGAAUUCCUGCAGGUUGCACCCUUCCCAGGGGGAGUUUCAUAGAGGAAGCAGUGAGCAGGUGCUGGUCUCUGGUAACCCCACGCUGUCCUCUCCUGGGUUUCUGGCCAGUAGAUGAGGGCAGGGCUGUCCCCAGCACCUCAGGAGCCAUUCCUGUGGGCUUGGCCUCGUCACUCAGUGCUGCAGAGCCAGGGAGAGCCAGGCUGAGCAGCCAGCUCAGCCUCACCAGCACUGGAGUGUGCACAGGGGAGAGUCACAGACCUUGUUAGCAAUACUUGAAUCCUCUUAUUAAAAGCUGCUGGAUAUUUUUUGCACAAUUUGUAGAUUUUUUUGGUUUUUAGGUUGUUUUUUUUCUCUAUGCAGAACAUUUUCUAUUCAGUGCAGGUAGGGGCAUCCACGUUAGCACCAGGGCAGAGGCUUCCAGCCUUGUGUGUCAAGCUGCCUGCUCAGGUCAGACACAGGUAUUUCAGCCUGGGGCAGAGGCAGCAGAUCUCUGGGCUCAGCCUGUCCCCUCCAAACUCACCAGCAUCUUGCUCUGCACGUGCUGUGAGUGACUGCACCAGCUCUGGGGCACAGCACAAGCUUCCUCCAGCCUUACCUGUCUGGCUGGCAGCACAGAGACAUCAGAGACUUUUUUUGCUGUGGCCACCAAUCUACCUUCCCCUCUGCAAAGAGCUGAGGUGAGAGCACCAUGGUGGCACCUCAGUUUCUACCUGGAUCCUAGCAGAUGGGCCCUCACCUCCCUGGGAGGCUCCUGCUGGUGCUGUGUGGCCACUCCAGCCCCACAGCUUGGUGCCAGCUGACAGGCCCAGUGCUUUAGUCCAUGUUGCAUCCAGAGAGACCACCCUGCCCUUCCCUCCCUGCUUCUCCUUGCAGGGAUGUCCCCAGGGGCUUUGUCCCUGCUGUGGAGCUGUACAGAGAGGGUCUGGUGCUGGGGAGUGAGGAGCAGUGUGGGGUCUGUGAUCAGGAGCCAAAUCCCUUCCUGUUUUUAUCUAAACCCUGGUUCCUUUGUUACUCGUCACAAUAAAAUUCUAUUUUUAAAGAGUUAA